AUGACAACUGAUCAAAAGCAUUCAUCCGAUAAUACACUUACUGAGCAAAAAGCUAUCAGACGUACAGAGAAAAUAGCCCAGAUAUUUGAGUUAUAUGAGCAAAAUUCGAAGGUGUAUAAUAUGCUUUUUGGAGAAAUUGGGGUGCUAGUGAAAAAGCUAGAUGAUUAUCAUUCUGA